CAUCACGCACAGCACGCUCAAUCUCUUUCACACACAAUCGUCGCAGUAUUAUCGUACUCUAGCUUUACAUUACACAUCUUCUUUGAGCUCUACCUGCACUGGCUUCCAAAUCCUCUACCUCCAACAUCAUAUUUGAGCAUCGUUUACGCUGAGCAUUUGCACCUUCAUUAGGUAUUUGCUUCAUCCACCACUGGGCUUUGCUUCAUUAACCACAACCAAUCACUCCUUGACAUUUUGCUUCAUCCGCCACGAUCAAUCUUGCCGAUCUUUUGCUUUGUCCACGACAAACUUUCAAAUAUUCCGAAGACUUUGCCCCGUCCACAGCAGCACUUCACCCUUCAAGCCUUUCAAGCCUUCCUCAACUUCCUCGGGCUCCACCAACAACCAGUUCAUUCUUUUUUCGAAGUGCGUUUCAUAGAAAUUUAUUCUGCACACAUUCUUUUCCUUUCUCAAUCAUUGUGUCAUAUCUCCCUUAUUCUUUGUUGGAGUUCACCAAAGGCACUAUGCAGACUUGGCUAACAUUUUCCGCAAUCAAGAUGUCAACAGACAAAAUGGUGUCGUCGGCUGGCGUCUGCUGGACGUUGGCAGACGACUUUGCCCAAUGGUGGGCAGAGGGGGAGGUAGUUACGGGAAAGGAGAAGGGAGUGGGAUCGGUGGGAUCGGUGACGCCGAUUUCACCAGAAUCGACGGCUGCGGUGGCACCGACUCCUGGUCCGAUGGAGCAGGUGACAUGCCCCUCCCUAGUGGAGGAGGCCUCCCAUGCCGCCGUCACCGCGCAAACUUCCGGUUCUUCGAGAGAUUCCGGUUCGCCUCUUUUCUCGAUCCGCCCAUCUCCCAAGGGUGGCAUGGGUGCUUUCGCACUCUCGGACAUUGCAGAAUCCACUGUCAUCAUGAAAGAGCUGGCUCUCUUUCUAGCGACAGAUGGCAAGGGGCACUUGGCGGAGGAAUUGGAGAAACUCAGCGUGGAGGAAAGAACGGAGUUUUCAAAACUCGCGUGUUAUGAGCUGCUAGACCGGGACCGGGACACUGCCAUCUUCAAAACAAAUCGAUUCCGCACCGGUUCCUCCUCCGGAAUCUUUCUCGUCGCGUCGCGCUUCAACCACUCAUGCAACCCCGUGAUCCGCUACAGCUACGACUACAGCAACCGCCAGCUGAUCUUCUCGACGAAACGCGACGUCAAAGAAGGCGAAGAGCUCACAAUCAUGUACACGCCCAACUCGCAAUACCUCAGCAUGGAUUACGGGUUCCUUUGUGACUGCGGGGUCUGUGAUCCACCUCUCAAGGUGCCGGUAUACUAUGAUCGAUGGGCGGACAAAGUGCCACACGAAACCGACGACUGGUGAAGGGUGGACCAGUGGGUGAGGAGGGUGCUGAGCGAUGGAGAUUCUUGGGACGAUGGAAAUGUUGGCCGAAAGGAAUGAUCGAGAGGUCAGGGGGAAGUGCAAACGAAAUGGUUUAAUUUGGGG